UAUGUUCUUUUUUAAGAGGAGUAAAGGAGAGCCACGGAUGGGGUUCAUGAAAAAGACUAUCUUAACAGCAGGUCUCUUGGGUUUUGGUGCGACUAAAACAUUACAGUAUUCAUCAGAAAACUAUCCUGAAGAAACUCAUCGAUAUUUUUGGAGCAAAAUAGUGAAUAAAUAUUAUAAUGGAUCUCCAAAGAAUUGAACUCAUAAAAAUUUUGAUAAAGUUCAUUACUUAGCAAGCAAAAUUAUGAAGUAUAGGCUAUUCCCGAAAGUCCAGGUUGAUGAUCUCGAGGUGGAUCUUUCUAUCAAAUAUGGGGAAUACACUUUCAAAAAUCCAUUAGGAAGUGCUGCUGGAAUAGACAAAGCAUCUGUAAUGAUAGAUGGCCUUAGCAAUCUUGGAUUUGGAUUUGUAGAAGUCGGGGAUCUCUCUCUUGAACCAGAAAAGUGGACUGAAAAGCCAGCAUAUAUUGACUGAUAUCAAAAAGGAAUAAUUGAAAGAAAAAGUGUUAUCUGGAAGAACGUUUAUUACAAUUCUGGCAUUCAAGUAGCAGUCGCUAAUAUGUGGAAUCGCCAGAAUAAAAUAUUGGAUAAGAAGUUCACCCCAAUAAGCGAUACUUUAGUUGGACUCACCAUUGUUCCUUCAAAGACAACAAUUGACAGUAUUCCUUACUUAAUAAAAUCAGAUUAUGAACAAUGAAUUGAAGUUAUAGUCGAGUUUUCCGACUACAUCGUAAUCAACAUCACAGAAAGAGAUAAGAGUAAGAGGAAAGUCGCUGCUUUGCUUAGAGAAGAAAAUGAACUUAGGAAGUUGAUUAAAAUGGUCAGGAAUAAACUAAUAAUGACAUUGGGUAAAGUAGCUGCUCUUGAAUAUUCUAAAAUUGACCCACAAUCUUCUCAGAAUGAGGUAAUUGAUAUCAGCCAAGAGGUCAGGAAGGUCAUCUACAGAAACUCCUUGAUAAGCAAGAACAAUGUCCCUUUGAUAUUUUUGAAAGUAGAUAGCUACCUUUCCGAAGAAGAGUACAAAACUAUUGCCAAAAUCUGUGAGGAAGAACAUGUUGAUGGCAUUGUUGUUGGAUCAACAGUUCCAAUAAACGUUGGUCUUAAGGACAAGUCCCAGCGGAUAUUCAAGGAAGAGGUUGCAUUAGGCGGGGCUGGAGGAGAAAUUACACAGAAAUACUCAAAUUCAGCUCUCAAGACUUUAUAUACACUCACGAAGGGUAAUAAACUGUUAAUAUCCAAUGGAGGUAUAUCUACCGGUAAAGAUAUGUAUGAGCGGAUGAGUAACGGUGCAAACCUCGUCCAGAUAUACUCAGCAUUGUUUUUAAGAGGCCCUUAUGCUGCGAAAUACAUUUUAGAGGAAUUCAGUCAGAUUUUGAAGAACAAUAACGAAACUGCCCAGUCAAUCAUUGGCAAGAAUAGCAAAGUGUAAAUUCUA